UCAUACUUCGUCACCCACCUUAUAGCUAAUCAUGUCGAUACAGACAGAGAACAUAGAGCUCUCGAGGAUGAACUCAGAAAUUUCUCUUUCGCAAGAAGACACGCUUCCACGAAACGAGUCGUCGUUAGCACCUGUAGACAGAGGGUUUGACGCGUGGUCCUUCCUGGUUGCAGCAUUCUUCAUUGAGAGACUCGUGUGGGGAUUCCCCAAUGCCUUUGGAGUUUUCCUUGAUGGCUACCUCAGCGAUCCAAGUUUCUCAUCGCAACCCCACACCUCAUCUCUACUUCCUCUAAUAAGGCCACUAUCAUCAAGGAUCAUAUAUUGCUCAAGCCCCAUAAUUUACCCCAUCACCGCGAAGUAUCCUUACCAUCGGCGAAUGUUCAUGUGGGUAGGCGCUACCCUCUGUUGGGCAAGCCUGUUGGGUGCGAGCUACACCACCAAAGUUUCAACCUUAAUAGGCCUUCAAGGUGUCUUAUACGCUGUUGGUGGAUCCCUUCUGUAUGCUCCGUGCAUAUCAUACAUGUCUGAAUGGUUCGUGACCCGGAGGGGUCUUGCAAAUAGUGUCAUCUUUGCUGGGACGGCUACCGGAGGUCUGAUACUACCCUUAAUACUUCCAGAAUUGAUUUCGCGCUACGGGACUGCCAAAACAUUACGGAUCCUCUCUGUCGCCCUCGCAGCUCUCCUUCUACCCACGCUCCCCUUUGUCAAACCACUAAUUCCUGACUCCAGGAGCCGUCAACAAGUGCCACCUCCUCGCUCACGAGAAUGGAUUAAAAGCGCGUCAUUUUGGAUCCUUCUUGCUGCAAACACCUUCCAGGGAUUCGGGUACUUUGUCCCGAUAGUAUGGCUUCCCACGUUUGCUCAUGCGAUGAACUUGAGCCCUACGAAUCCAUCAUUGACUGUCGCUCUCCUCAACGGAGCCUCUGUACUUGGUCGUCUUUCCAUGGGUUACCUCUCUGAUAAGUUCAAUCCAUGGCUCUUGGGGAUGUCAACCCUCUUCGUGACAUCUCUGGCCACGUUCGUUCUAUGGGGUGUCCUCUCCCAAAGUCUAGCUGGGCUUCUUGCCUUCGGAAUCGCUUACGGUAUCCUGGCAGGGGGAUGGAGUAGUCUUUGGACUGGGUUUGUUUCUCCCAUCGCAAGCGUGGGCAAUAUCUUGUGCACGCCGAUCUCGUCUGUUCUAGAAACGGCGUCCGGUUCGGCUGUUGGUUCAGCCAGUACGGGAUUCCAGGCUGCUGAUGGCAGAUUUGAGAAUAUGAUUCUGUAUGUGGGGUCGUGUUUUGCUGGUGCUGCCAGCGUGGCAUUGUUGGGCUGGGGCUUAAACAUGAAUGUUAUUCGUUCUAGAAGGCAAAGGGUAUAAAUACCGUAUGACCCUCACAUUCCAUUUGUUGCUGGUAUGCCCAACGUCCUUAGUAAGUCGGCGAGCUUAGAGAUGUAUUCAAUAAGUCACUUCUUCAAACUCAUCUUGUUACCGUAGCGUCGGGAAAGUGCCGCUUCGCACGUCAUGUUAUUGGAGAUGGGAACAAGCUGUGGGGGGUGCCCUGAUGUGAGGAAUGUUGUCCUCGCGAGCAUAUUUGCUAUUAUUAGCCGUGGUAAAUCCGUAGUAGACUCUAAUAAGUCUUCGUCGCUUCCUUGUUGAAGACAUCCAUCAUCAUCGGAUGUCCACGAACGCAACAGUA